AUGCCCCCGAAGCGCAAGUCUGUCGCCGCGACAAGCGCAAAUGAAGGCACUGCAACCCCCGCAAAAAGAAUGCGCAAUUCUGUAGCUGCUACCCCAGCUUCUGCCCCAGCGGCUCCUCAGGUCGAAAUUACUCCCCAGACUGGUGAGAAGAGAGGUCGUGGCCGUCCGCGCAAAUACCCCGAGGGCUCGACUUCCAAGCCUCCUGCUUCUGACGGCCCCAAGCGUGGCCGCGGCCGUCCUCGAAAGAUUGUCGCGGAAUCCGAGCCUGAUGCUGGGCCUGAAGCUACUACCCCAUCUGCUCCCAAGAGAGGCCGUGGACGUCCUCGCAAGGAGACUGUCUCUGAGACGGUUGCAACUCCGGAGAUUAAGAAGAAAGAUGGCCGUGGAAGGCCUCGCAAGGAGCCUGCUUCCGAGACGCCUGCAACCCCGGAGAUCAAGAAGAAAGAUGGCCGUGGACGGCCUAGAAAGAACCCUGCACCAAAUGGCGAGCCCGAAGCUCCCGAAGCUUCCGAGGCAAAGGCAGCACCGGCGAUUAAGAACAAUGUCGCCGAUAUUAAGCGUUCUUUCUGGCUUAUGAAGGCUGAGCCCGAAUCACGCAUGGAGAAAGGAGUUGAUGUGAAGUUUUCUAUUGAUGACUUGGCUGCCAGAACUGUGCCAGAGGCCUGGGACGGAGUGCGCAACCAUGUUGCGCGCAAAUCUAUGCAGGAGAUGAAGAAGGGGGAUUAUGCAUUCUUCUACCAUUCAAACUGCAAGACCCCCGGAGUAGUCGGAGUGAUGGAGAUCGUCCAGGAAUCUUCCGUUGACGAAUCUGCCUUCGAUACCAAACACCCCUACUACGACCCCAAGUCCAAGCGAGAUGACCCGAAAUGGGUUGUCGUGCACGUCGAAUACCGCCGCAAGCUCGGCAAGCAAGUCACCCUCGCGGACUUGAAGUCGCACGCCCAGCCCGGGAAGCCGUUGGAAAACAUGCAAAUGCUCAAGCAGUCCCGCCUCAGCGUUUCCUCCGUUACCCCGGCUCAAUGGCAGUAUAUCCUGGAACUGGCAGGCGAGGAGCCACUCGAGGAGUUCACCAAAGUGGAAACUGGCGAGGAGAAGGCAUGA